AUGAUCAUGCUGAGCGGGUGUCCGUUCUCCUCCCGCCCUCUGCUCCUCCUCGCCGCCGUCCUCGUCGUGGAGAGCUCCCAGCUAGACGGCACCAAGGUGAACUCCAUCAAGGCCACGCUCAUGGGCGAGACGCCGACGCAGGCGACGACCAACAGGUCCACCACCUUCCUCCAGGGACUGCCUUUGGGCCCCAGCAAGAAAGGCAAAAUCUUGGGCCAGGGGGGGAAAGGGCUGAAGCACUAUCACCGGCAAGGCGAGGCUUACCCUUGCACCAAUGACAAGGAAUGUGAAGUUGGGAAAUACUGCCACAGUCCCCAUCAGGCCACAUCUGCAUGCAUGAUUUGUAGGCGGAAGAAGAAGCGUUGCCACAGGGAUGGCAUGUGCUGUCCCGGAAACCGCUGCAACAACGGUAUCUGUAUACCAGUGACUGAGAGCAUCCUCACGCCUCACAUUCCAGCUCUGGAAGUACCACGCAACAAGAAAAAUAAUCAUUAUCCCACCAAGGACUUGGGCUGGCAGAAUCUUGGGAAAGGAGUGACACACAUAAAAGGCCACGAAGGCGACCCUUGCUUAAGGUCCUCUGACUGCACCGAGGGGUUUUGUUGUGCUCGCCAUUUCUGGACCAAAAUUUGUAAGCCUGUGCUGCACCAAGGGGAGGUAUGCACCAAGCAGCGCAAGAAAGGGUCUCAUGGCUUGGAAAUUUUCCAGCGAUGUGACUGUGCCAAAGGGCUGUCAUGCAAAAUCUGGAAAGAUGCCACCUAUUCUUCCAAAGCAAGACUGCAUGUGUGCCAGAAGGUCUGA